AUGAAGAAGGAAUCGAAGAAAGCUGCUUUCAGCUGGCAGAUAGACAACGUUUCCGAAUGGAACGAUGAUAAGAUAUAUUCGGAUGAGAUAUAUUCGGAUUAUUUCACAAGCGGCGGCUGCGAAUGGCAUCUUAUUCUUUGCCCCAAGGGAAGUUUUGAGGAUGAUCACUUAUCUCUGUAUCUGUACGCUUCGUAUCCUGAAUCAUUGCUACCUGGAUGGAGAAGACGAGCUAAUUAUCGCUUUGUUUUGUUGCAUCAAUCUGGCAAAGUUCUCCUCAGAACAGCUGGAGAUCAGAGAUCCUUCAGCGAUGAGGGCCCAUGCUGGGGAUAUGACAGAUUGUUGCCUCAUGCUAAGCUUAAAGAAGAAGGUUUCCUGGAGAACGACAAACUGACCAUUGAAGUCUACAUUAAUGUAGUUGAAGUUAUUCAUGAAGGGAACACAAAUGCGAAUGAGAUGGCAACUGUCCAUGAUUUCGAUGCUCUUUAUUCUCACGUUAAUCCAGUGGGCGAGAUGAUCGCACAAGACCCAUACGAUAUCAUAGAGGUGAUGCAGGCAGCAUACACGAAUAUUCUUCUCGGCCUCAUCGAGACACUGCGCAAGCCUCCUCAGAGCUUGACUGAGACUGAGCUAAGCAACGCUGACAGCGAUUUGAAGGUUCUAACAGAAGCUGGCUUUAAGCUGGAUUGGUUGAAGUCAAGGCUUGAGGAGGUUGCCUUGAAGAGAAAGAAAGAGGCUGCCGAUCUCAAAGUUGAGAAGAUCAACUCUGAUGCUGAUGCUGGUGCUGGUGCGGCUCCUAGAGUUGCUUCGUUGGGGUUCAGAGAUUGUUUUAUAAAGAGAUUAUUUUUGUCUUGCUUCUCAUUGUCAAAUCACUAA